CCAAGAGUAACACUGACACAUCAUAAGAUCGAGACAAACAAAAGAUGAAAUCACAGACAGUUUUCAUAUGCAUAUUCAUGCUCUCGCUCCUUGCUUUACAUCAGUGCAGGCAGAUGGAUGUUGGAGAAAUAGAUAGUUCGAGCAAGCUCUAUGUUCCAAAGUGUGUCCAUUCCAUUUGUAAAGGUUUUAUAAAAAGAGACUGUUGGUGCUGUGGCCCACAUUGUUGGGAUCGCCUACAUGAUUGCGAUUCCAGUCCCCUUUGUCCUCCUCCCUAAGUUUAAACUUUACAAAAUAUGUACCACUACGAUUUAUAAUGCCAAUGGACUUAUUUGAAGCACCAAAACGAC